AAAUAGAAUAUGCAGCGACUACAUAUUAGUAUGAGAGUUUCUUUCUGGUUUUACUUUGUUCCGAUGGUGUUAUCAUAUAUGCGGAUUUGUUGUUAUAUGCUGAUAUGUUUACACCGAUUGCCUUUCAAAGAAAACGUUAAACAUGCACACAUUCCUCAACACACUAAAUAUUUCUAAUACCUACUUUCGGUAGAAUUACAGAAUUGAUUAUUCACGAGCAUCUGGAUUGAAUAAAACAAUGGUGCUUACAAUAAAAUAUUUCCAUGUUCAUAAUUAUCCCAUAAAAUCUUAAACCAAUAAGAACCAACACCCUGUACCAGUAACCAGACUCUCGAUCGUCAGUGUCUAAGUGUGUACCAGCUUACUUAUCUGCCUGUAAUACGUCGCUGUAGCAGGACGGCAUUGCAAUCAUCUGCGUAUUUUGUUUUGUCUGUAUUGUAAAUUUGCCUACUGUCAUAUUGUCACUAGUUUAUCUAUCCCGAAGGUAGCAAAUAUCAUAUGGGGGAUGAAGAUCAGGAGAAAAUGGUUGGAGAGACGGAGGAGUCUGCCCCGUUAGUGGCAGAGAAAAGGAUUGUUAGCAGUGAUGAUUUGAUAGAGGAGCUGGUUAGGAACCGGAGCUGGAAGUACACUGGCCUGGUCAUGUCUUUGAUGAUAGUGUGGCUGGGAGGACCUACCACUCUCUACCUUACUUCAUUUGCAGGUAUUGAUCCAAAAGAAACCAACACCUGGGUCUGCAAAUCUGAAAAAUGCCUGAACUUGACGACUGCUAAUUCCUCAAUACUUGAAGUGUUUCCUUGCAAAAUGAUCGAAAUCGUGGACGGCAAAGAAGAACUGGUUCUCGAAGCGGCUGACAUAGAAUGGAAGCUCAAUCACACCUCAUUUUCAGCGGAAUUUGAUUUGUACUGCGAUGUUGGAUCCCGAAAGGCCCAAAAAACCUUGUUAUCAUCUAUAUACUUUGCCGGGGCACUAACAGGGCUUAUAAUAGGUGGAUACUUGCUUGAUAAGAUAGGUCGAAAGAAGAGUGCGAUCAUUGGCAUCGUUAUAGGAGGAGGGGCUCUUUUAGCCGGGAUAUUCUGCCACAGCUAUUUUCUCCUACUUGCUAUGAGAUACUUUAUCGGAUUAGGUAACUACUUAACUUCAACAGCAAUGUACAUCCUAACCGUAGAGCUUGUGACAGCUAAACCGAGGAAUUUACUAAACGGCUGGACUGGGCUGAUGUGGGCACUUGGGUAUCCUAUUGCCGCUGCUGUUGGAUACUUCGUCACUGAUUGGAACUACAUGUUUCUGGCAGCUCUUAUUGUUUUCCUACUCUCCACAAUACAGGUUUUCGUCUGCAUAGAGUCCCCCAGAUUUUACCUGAUGAACAACGACGUGGCGGCAGCAAAGGCAGCCUUCCAAGCUCUGGCGGACCUAAGCAACUUUGACAUGGAACUUGAAAAGGUGGAGAUCUCUGACGAAUCGAAAGCAAAAGAGUUGGAACAGAGCACGAAGCAGCAGCUGAUAGAUCUGAUAAAGUAUCCUGCCCUCCGUUUAGAAACUGCCAUGCUCAUGAUGCUCUGGACGUUCGUGGCCAUGUUUUACUACGGGUUCAACUUUGGGUGGGAGGCGCUGGCUCCUGACAUGUACCUAGGAUACGUAAUGGGUGGAGUGGGGGAGAUCAUUGCGUACGCCCUGACUAUCCCUCUGAUAGCCUGGCUCGGAAGGAGGAGAGCCAUGGCUGUCAUGUUUGUAGGGGCCGCUCUGAGCUACCUUCUAGCUAUACCUGAUGUGCCGAUUCUGGGUGAAUAUUCGAUGGAGAACAUCAUGUGCUUGCUUGGGAUUGUGUUCGUGUCUGGAACCUUCUCUGGAGUGUAUAUGUGGACAACAGAGAUAGCACCGACCUCUCAUGUGGGCCUAGUGUUCUGCCUUUCAUCUGGUUCUGCCAGGAUCGGCUCCUUCAUCGGUCCUUAUAUCUUCAACAACUUGUAUCCUAAAACCCACAAAGCGGUGCCUCUAGGCCUUCUGGCUGUUAUCGCUGUUGUCUGUGUGCUGGGUUCCUUCCUGCUGGUGGAGACUGGAGAUAAGACGAUGGCGCUAACUCCUCAAGACAUAGAGGAACGGCGAAAGGGCUACAAGCACCAGAUCUAACGAUAAAGAAACUUAGGGAAUAGAGUUAUAAUUUUACUUAGACUGGAGAUAAGACUGGAUAUUUUACUUAUGGCUUAUGAAUGACGUGGUAUGUAGAACAUUCAAAUCAGUCGGAUCUUAUUGAAGUUUUGCUCCUUUAUUCUAUUCUAAAGAUGUUGCAUACAUGAUGAAAUGUGCAGCUUAAAUUUUAAAAUUAAUAAAUGAUUAUUCAAUGCAUCACGCCAUCACAUUGUAUUUACCUUAGUCGGUAAUAUUAUGGAUGUUAAAAAUAUGCACCGAUAUAAAUAUGGUUCUUUGGCCCGAAAAGAACCAAAUUUGACCCCCCACAAUUUUAA